GCUUCAGAGCAGCGCUGAGCAAUCUCAUUUUUCACACGUCUCCUGUAGUCAAACUGCCCCUGUCAGAGGAAAGGAGUUGCUUCCUGUUAUUUCCAUUGAAAUCCUUGUCCCGGUCGUUAGCCGGCAGGCUUUGGCAGGAUGGCACCGCUCGCACACACAAGCUCCGGCCACCUCUCCCAAGGGCUCCUGCUGCUCUGGGUGCUCCUGGGGACUGGGCUCUGCCAUGCGGACACCGAGACAAAGGGCUUUGGCCAGGAUGCCGGGACAAGCUCGCCCAUGGCCAUGUCCAACGGGACAGCCCAGCCCAUGGAGGGAAAUUACUCCGACAUCACACAGAAGUGCUGGGAUUACUUCGUCUACCUGAUGAGGAAUGUGACAGCAUCGGAGCUGUGCGAAUGGAAAGUCAUCAGGAGGCCCUACAGCGACCUGCAGUUGUGCCUGGAGCUCUGGGCCGACCGCCUGAACUACAGCUACCCCAAUGCACUGGCGGAGCAGUACAUCUUUCAGAGCCACCACCGCUACUUCCACAACUGCACCCUGGAGCACCCGGUGUACUUCGACCCGCCCGAGGAUGUGCUGCUGGCCAUGAUCAUCGCCCCCAUCUGCCUCAUCCCCUUCCUCGUCACCCUG